AUGAACAAGUACCGUCCAGAAUCGAAGCAGGAGAAGAAGGCGCGUCUCGAUGCCGUCGCUAAGGAGGUAGCGGCUGGCAACAAGGUUGACCCGAAAGCUGAUGGCAAGAAGCCUCUCUUUGUCAAAUAUGGUCUGAACCACUGUGUUGCCCUGAUUGAGGCGAAGAAGGCUAACCUUGUCGUGAUUGCCGACGACGUUGACCCCAUUGAGUUGGUUGUGUUCAUCCCGGCUCUGUGCCGUAAGAUGGGCAUCCCAUACGUGAUUGUCAAGUCUAGCUCGCGCCUGGGUGCUGUUGUUCACCUCAAACGCACUGCCAUUGCUGUUAUUCAGGACGUUCGUUCUGAGGACGAACGUGAGCUGGCAGACCUUGUGUCCGCCGCGAAGGCCAACUACCUGGAUAAGUAUGAUGUGGCACGUCGUCACUGGGGUGGUGGCAUUCGUGGCAACAAGUCCGUUGAGAAGCUCCGCAAGCGCGCCAAGGCUGCGGGUCACAGCCCAGCCACCGUUGCUAAGGACUCUCUUUAA